GCAGGUAAAGCAGGUAGGGAGAGCUUGGCUCAAACAAAACAGAGAAGCCUUCCUGUAUCCAGGACAUACUUUAUAGUGCUGCGCCUGCCUGGUCUCUUUUUGUUAAAGGCGAGAUGUGGCUCAUGUUAAGGGGAGCCAAAGCCUCCUGGCAUCACCUAUCGUACAGUGUGCUGGUGCUCUGUCUUCUGGCAAUACAGGGCUCUACGUCUGAUGUUCUAUGGACAGCCAAUGUGAAUUACUCCUAUGUCAUGGAAAACAAGACCUACUGGGAUGAGGGAGAGAUUGGAGUCUAUGGCCAAGACUCGCCAGUGGACCGGGCAUAUGGACUGGUCGUCCUGCCAAGGCGUAGGCAGCACCACUAUUCAUCGCCAAAUAUGUGUCCACCGCAUCUGAACUUUAGUGUCCCAGAGAACUAUAACAAUGCUUGGAUUGCUCUUAUACAACGAGGAGAUUGUCCAUUUAGCGAGAAGAUCAAAGCUGCGUCGGAGGCUGGGGCCAAAGCGGUGGUCAUAUACAACAACGAAGGAAACGAAAAUGGGGUUUUUGAAAUGUCUCAUCCGGGCACAAAGGAUACCAUUGCCAUCAUGAUCGGCUUCAUAAAAGGGAUGGAGAUUGUACAACUCAUUAAUAGUAAAAUCCAGGUGACCAUGGUAAUCGAAGUUGGAAGGAAGCAUGGAUCCUGGAUGAACCAUUAUUCCAUUUUCUUUGUCUCCAUAUCAUUCUUCGUGGUGACAGCCGCCACUGUAGGCUACUUCAUCUUCUAUUCUGCUCGCCGGUGGAGACACACAAGGGCUCAGAACCAGAAAAUGAAAAAGUUAAAAGACGAAGCAAAGAAAGCAAUUGGCCGACUGCAGCUUCGCACCAUCAAGCAAGGAGAUAAGGUGCUUGGUCCAGAUGGUGAUAGCUGUGCUGUUUGUAUUGACGCAUACAAAGCAAAUGAUGUUGUGCGCAUCCUUACAUGCAACCAUUUCUUCCACAAGAAUUGCAUUGAUCCCUGGCUGCUGGAACACCGAACAUGUCCAAUGUGCAAGUGCGACAUUCUGAAAUCGCUAGGAAUUGUAGCUGAAGAAGAAGAAGAAACGGAUACCACUAUGGCAAUAUCUUCUGUAUCUAGUGAGCUUCAGCAGACCACAAUGCAGGUAGAGGAAGAGAACCAUAGUGACAUUGCAUCUUCUGGAUAUGCCUCUGUGCGAGGCAUUGAAGAGCUUGCAGAAGAACCUGAAAACUUAUAUGAGAACGUAGAGCUUGUAAACAAUGAUACCUCGGCCACAGCAAUUGAAGUUCUUCCGCAAGUGGAUAAUCCGACAUUUGAAAUUGAAGAGGAGUCCCACAUUCAGAGCGUGAAAUCUUGAGAAACCGUGAAAAAGACAAUGCAGUCCAAUUUACUGCAUAGUUUUUUUUAAACAAAAGGAAACAUAGACUCUAGAAGGCAUCACCCCUACAAUUUAAAGAAAUGGAGAUGACAGGCAUUAAUGUUAAUUGCUAGCUGGUUCUUAUAGCCUCGUGUACUGCAGUUUUAAGUACUUUUUACUCAGUUUUGUUUAAACAGGAUCUAAUUAAAAUUAAAAACCUUGACAAAGUUCAUAUUUUAUUAUAAUGACACAAAAUAACAUUUUAUAUAACAAAUUUUAUCUAUAUUAAAUUAUCCCAUUUUAAUUUGUCGUGCACUAGAUACUUCACUAAAUCUGUCUUUCUAGAUUUCCCAGAUCACUUUUGCUGUCGCCUUAAUAAAAAAACUUCACAGUAAUUAGUAUGCAUUGUUUGUCAAGAUGUGAACAAUGACCCAUUUCUCUCUUCCCACACUGCGGCGGGAUCCGAUUGUCCAGAGACUGUGGAGGUCCCUCUGUUUAAUUAAUUAAAGGCGGUAAAGCAUGUUGAGAGUUGGUGCACAGGAGCCCAAAUAUUGCCUGCUUCUAUCACACAGUAUUAUUUGGUGUUUUUAUUCUAAAUUUUGAAAGAUCAAGGAAGAUUUUCUGGAAAAAAAUAAAAAUAAAAAUUUGGUUAGUUAUACAACCAAUUAAAAAUAAAUGACUUAUUCAACCCAAAAUGAACAAGAACGCUGCUGUUUAAUUAGAAUGCAGAGAGGGUACGAUCUUAUGAAGUGGCCACAAUGUGUCUGAAAACCCCACUGACGUUCAAGUCAAAUGGAUUGUUAAAAGUUAAAUUACUUGAUUAAUUGGAAGCAAUAACCCCUGGGGUUCUCCCCGUCAUCUGUCUGCAGGGCCUCUGCUGCUCCAUUCCCGACCACUACCACUCUUUGCAGGACCAGGAAGCGGCUUGGUCCUAUGAUCACUGUGUCCAAUCGAGGACCUCAGCGGUCACAGUGGCUUGAAUGCUAGAUCACGGUAGUGAUGUCAUUUUCAAGCCUCUGUCACCGCUCAGGCCUGUGAUUGGACAAAGCGAUCCCGGGAACAAACCACUUUCUGGUCUGGCGGAGAGAGUUAGGGGCCAGAAACAGAGCAGCAGAGGCACUGUAGACAGUUGAGGGGGGAUUUUUAUGUUCAGGGGAUAGGCGAGGACACAAGGGGUUUGUCUGCUCCAAGGCCGGACAACCCCUUUUAAUGGCCAUAUGGUUUUAUGGCCGCUAUGUGGGACCGUAUCCAAAGGGUGACUUGAGGCUUCCUGUGGAUUUCGCCACCGAUUUGCCCAGAUUUCACCCUUUUGCAUUGUGUGAAAUCCAAGGUAAAUCUGUGAUAUAAUAACAGUCAUAUUGUGGACUUGAAAAUCCAUAGCAUGCCUCCAAUCCACAGCGGAAAAAUCUGCUCUGUGUGGAUUUGUUGCAGAUUUUCAGCUCAGAAACUGAAAAAUGUGAGACAAAUCCACUGUGGGGUCUAAGUUUAUGGGAGUUACCUGUAAAAGCAUCUGAAGUAGAUGUUGCUAGACUAGGUAAUAUUCUACUGCAAAGAUGCAAAGUAUCUGUCCAUAUCAAAUUCAGCAAUACAAAAGGAUCAUGCGUGAUUGCCAGACACGGAAGUAAUUUAGAAGUGUGUGUAAGUGGUACAAAUUCUAUUGCUACUUGUUAAUACAAUGGCACACAGUACAUGUCCUCCAUGUGUACAUGUCCUAGGACCUAUUCCCAUUGGUUGGCAGCUUGCAAUAGACAUACUAUCUGAGCGGUUCAGCCUACAAUCAUUACUGCUGACUUUCAUGGAUACUCAUCUAGACAGUAAGACCGGCAUCAUGCAUGCUUUAUUUUACAGAAACAUACCCAGAUUGUUAGUAAUGAUACUACAUUAACCCUUAAGUACAAUUUUUAAGUUUUCUCUAUUAUCGUAAGGCAAAUUUGCAUAGGCGCAAGAAUUAAAUUUUUUCACAAGGGGAAUUCAAAGUUAUCCGUACAUAUUAGAUGAAAGGGGUUUUCCGACACUUUAACUGAUGAGCUAUUCUCUGGAUUAGUUAUCACUGAUUGGUGGGGGUCCGACACCCAGGACCCCUGCUGAUCAGCUGUUUGAGAAGGCGCGAGCGCGGCGGCCUUCUCCUUGCUCACCAAGCACAGCGACGUACAUUGUAUAGUGGCUGUGCUUGGUAUUGCAGCUCAGCCACAAUCAAACGGCUGAUGGGAGGGGGUCCUGGUUGUCAGCCAAACAAACCAUCAGCCAAUGGGCAUCUGAAGUGUAUGGUCAGCUUAGCGGUGUACUUACACGUCAGAUUUGUUGCAAAAAUGUCUGCGACUUAUAAAAUCCAUGUACCUGCUGCACAAACAAACCCACAGAUUUCUGCCAUGAAUCGUAUCCUAAAGGGAAUAUUUUUGACUAUAGUAAUAGAUUGAGCAGAUGAAAAUAAAUAUUUUCUGAUCUAAUGCAAUGUAACUAUUAAACUAGAUAUUUAUGAUGUUUCCAUAUUAUUGUAGAAUAAAAUCUCUUCACAUGCCAUCUUUUCCCUGUGUCCGAGUGGUAAGCUAGGGAAUAGGAUGCCUUGGGAGCCACAGUGACAACCUCUUCACUUACAGGGCACGAUUAUAAUGUGUGUGUACGGGCACCCUAUAUUGUCAUUUCUCAAAAAUGAAUUAUUCCGCACAUGCUUAAAUGAGAAAACUUAAGGGGCUGUGUUGUCUUUCCCACAAUCUUGUCUCUAGAGCGUCUCUGUUGCAGGUCUGUCUCAUUGACUGGAAUAAGGAUUUGAUUCAAUAGCAGAUACUGGUACUUUUUUGGGGGGAGAAAAACAUUUUUUUUUUUCCAGUUCUGGAUAAUUUAGUUAAUGUCUGUGUGGCCUAAUUUGUAACCUUUUGUUAGUCAGGAGGAGAAAAUCUAUAUUAUAUUUACAGAAUUCUUUAAAAUAAAUUACAAUGAUCUGCAUCGUGGUCCCCUAUAUAUCUGUGGAUGUCCGUUGAGGGGGAUACACUAAGGGUGCUCUGUAUUUCUUGGUAGCUUUUCCGAAACACUGGGUUAGGCCUCAUGCACAGUAGCUUUUCCGAAACACUGGGUUAGGCCUCAUGCACACGAAUGUAUUUUCUUUCCGUGUCCGUUCCGUGUUGUUGUUUUUUUUUUUUUUUUUUU